GGCGAUACGCACCACUAGCGGACAGGGCACACCGAGCACAGCCCCAGACGCCUCUACAGGCCCGGGAGCACGCGCCUAGGGCUCUCCCUCCCCUGUGGACGUGCGCCCUCGGCCCACUCGCGCAGGGACAGGGCAGGAGCUGGGUUGCAGACACGGCCCGGACAAGUUCACAGCCAGUCCUGCGGGUUCCGUAGGCCAGCAGAGUGCUGGGGCCGUGCAGUCCCGGGAGCAGGCGGAAGGCGGGACCCCUCCCCUCACCCCACUCCCCCGCCCCGUUUCUCCUCCUCCUUCCCCGGCUCCCCUCCCCCCGCGCCCCCGAGUCCCGUAGCCGGGCAGCCAAUCCCAGCCGCGCUUCUGCCCGGCUGCUCAGGGUGGUGGCACGGAGCCCGGAGGCGGCUUGGAGAGCUCGAGCUUUGUGCCCAGCGGCAGGCUGUAGGCAACAUUCUUUUACAAAGAAGUAGAGCCAGCAUAAGGAAGCACAGGCAGCAGAGUGCAAAGCUCCUGCAGAAAGAGACCAAGAUGAACACAGAGCCCGAGAGGAAGUUUGGCGUGGUGGUGGUUGGCAUCGGCAGAGCUGGCUCGGUGCGGAUCCGGGACUUGCGGAAUCCACACGCCUCCUCGGCGUACCUGAACCUGAUUGGCUUCGUGUCCAGGUGGCUUUGCUUUGUGCCUUGUAAUUCACGGGAAGCCCGACGAAAGCUGGGAAGCACUGAUGGGGUGCCGCAGAUUUCUUUGGAAGAUGCUCUUUCCAGUCGAGAGGUUGAGGUUGCUUACAUCUGCAGUGAGAGCUCCAGCCACGAAGACUACAUCAGACAGUUCCUAAACGCUGGCAAGCACGUCCUUGUGGAAUACCCCAUGACACUGUCUUGGGCAGCAGCUAAGGAACUGUGGGCACUGGCUGAGCAGAAAGGGAAAGUCUUGCAUGAGGAGCACGUUGAACUCUUGAUGGAGGAGUUUGCAUUCCUGAAGAAAGAAGUGGUGGGGAAGGACCUGCUGAAAGGGUCUCUCCUCUUCACAGCUGGCCCGCUGGAAGAAGAGCGGUUUGGCUUCCCUGCAUUCAGCGGCAUUUCUCGCCUGACCUGGCUGGUCUCCCUCUUUGGGGAGCUUUCUCUCGUGUCCGCCACUUUGGAAGAGCGAAAAGAAGAUCAGUAUAUGAAGAUGACCGUGUGCUUGGAGACGGAGAACAAAAGCCCGUUGACGUGGAUUGAAGAGAAGGCGCCUGGCUUAAAGCGAAACAGACAUUUAAGCUUCCAUUUCAAGUCUGGGUCCCUGGAGAAUAUGCCCAACGUAGGCGUCAAUAAGAAUAUUUUCCUGAAGGAUCAAAAUAUAUUUGUCCAGAAACUCUUGGGCCAGUUCUCUCAAGAGGAGCUGGCUGCCGAGAAGAAACGCAUCCUGCACUGCCUGUGGCUGGCGGGAGAGAUCCAGAAACACUGCCGCGCGAAGAAGUGAAGGGAGGGGGCAACACGGCCCUGCCCAGACGAGACCCGAGCCUGAUUUUUAUCAAGAGUUGACCUUUAUCUCUAUUCUUACCAUUAAACGUGUCUUGGGUAAA